UAAAAGCAGGCCACUGUUUGUGUUCUGUGCCAACCAGCAUAUUCUUUCCCCUUUCUUCCCCUCAUCUGGAGAUAGAGUGAGCAGCCAGAAAUCAUGGCUUUUGUAGCACCACCAGGCUACCAGCCUAUCUAUAGUCCAAGUAUCCCAUAUAUAGGUCCAAUCAGUGGUGGUCUUAGAGCAGGAAUGUCGAUCUAUAUCCAGGGAAAGAUUGAACACCAUAUUAGCAGGUUUUAUUUGAAUCUGCAGUGUGGUGAAUUCAAUGGCUGCGACAUCGCUUUUCAUCUAAACCCUCGUUUCGACCUCUGGGACAAAGUGAUCUUCAAUACUUUCCAGAAUGGCUCAUGGGAAGGAGAGGAGAAAGUCCGAGAGAUGCCGUUCCACAAGGGAAAGCAUUUCGAGUUGGUUAUUGUCGUCAACAUGGAGGGCUAUCAGGUGAACGUGAACGGGCGAGAGUUUUACCUCUUUCAGCACAGAAUGCCUGUGGAACGAGUGUGUGCCAUGGAGAUUGGCGGAGAUGUGUCUGUUGAGACUAUCAACAUCAUUGGGGGCAUGCAAGGCAUGGGGGGCAUGCAAGGCAUGGGGGUAAGUGCGUUAACGUUUCUCUUGCAUCUUAAAAUGAUAGAAAUAUUAAGAUUAUUAACAUUAAUAUUAAUGCCACUACUUAUAAAUGCAAAAGGGUGUGAGAUGAUCUGUUUCUUUCCACGCACACAGGGAGGAUGGCAAUGCGGAACAGGGGGAGGUGGCAUGGGGGGAGGAUAUCCUGGAGGUGGAGAUGGUGGAUUUUAUCCUGGUGGUGGGAUGGGGGGAGGAUAUCCUGGAGGUGGAAUGGGUGGAAUGGGGGGAGGAGACAUGGGGUAUCAAGGAGGAAAUCUACCAGUAAUGGGAUUGCAGCCUAUCUACAACCCUGACAUUCCCUAUUCAGAUAUGAUCCCUGGUGGGAUGGUAUGCAGGAGGACCAUUAUCAUCAGAGGCAUGGUGCCAUUUGGAGCAGACAGGUUUUGGAUUAAUUUUGUAUGUGGAGCUUCACGAGACAUAGCCUUUCACCUCAGCCCUCGAAUCAGAGAAGGAUUGGUAGUCCGUAACUGCCAGCUUGGUGGCUGCUGGGGUGAAGAAGAACUAGAUCUCAACUUCAACCCCUUCCAGGAGGGACAGUACUUUGAGAUCUCCAUUCGCUGUGGUGAAGAGAAGUUUAAGGUGUUUGCAAACGGGCAGCACAUGUGCCAUUUCUUCCACCGCUUCCAGCCUUACAAUCAGAUUGAUAUGCUGGAGGUGGGCGGAGACAUCCAGCUCUCUUACAUCCACUACUGAGUCUGUCUUCUCGAUGCAUCUCGCAUUCUUCCUGCGUUAGCUGUUAGGAACUCCUGUGUAAUGAAUGUUACUGAAAAUUGUCAGCUACUUAGCACCAACUUCCCUGCUACUAGCUGUAGGUUACACGCCUAUACAAGCAGAUGUGAAACACCAGAUACUUUCCUAUCCUUACCCAAUAAACAUUGAAUACUUUCUA